AUGAACAUCUCCGGCGGGGGCGGCGGUGCCGUCGCCGCCUGCACGCCCUGCCGCACCGUCAAGAUGAAGUGCCUGCGCGACCCCGACGCCACCAUCUGCAACCGCUGCAAGCGCAAGUCGCUGACCUGCUUCUACGAGACGCACCGCCGCGGCCGCAAGCCCGGCACCAAGCUCCGUCCCAAAGCUGAGCGCCUCAAGGCCUCCGGCAAGGCCCUGCCCGCCUCCCCGCCGCCCGCCGCCACCACCACCACCACCACCAACCCCGUCUCCAAGCGCGAGCCCGCCGACUCGCCCGGCCUGCCCAGCGAUGCCUCGCCCGCCCGCCGCCCGCCCCGGCUCGGCUCCGCCCUGUCUGCUCCCCAGAGCCCGCCCGCCGCCCAGCUCCCUCCCACCAUGGCCUCCGACAGUCUCGCGCCCUUUGCCCUGCUGCGCAAGUCUGCCACUGCCGGCAACUUCACCAUCGCCAACAUCCUCAAUGUCGACGACCAGAGCCCCCUCGCCGACGACGCCUCCCCGCCCGACCCUGCGCCCCCCGCCGACUCCUCCAUCAAAGACCCCAACGACCCCGUCAAUCGCAAUCUCAUCAAUAUGCCCGUGGCCCAGGGCUUGUUUGACAACUUUUUUAAAUACAUGAACCCCUUCAUAUGCCAGUUUGACCCCGCCAUCCACACCAUCCAUUACAUCCGGACUCGAUCUUCCUUCUUGUUUGCUGCUCUGCUUGCCGCCGCCGCCAAAGUCUUCUCGCCGCAGCUGUACUUCAACCUCCACGACCAUGUCGAAUUUCUGCUGCGCGACAUUCUGGGCUCCGGCCAAAAGUCCACCGAGAUCGUCCAGGGCAUCUGCCUCGUCACCCACUGGAAGGAACCCAGCGACUCGCGAGCGUGGAUGCUGGUCGGAUACGCUAUCCGCGCCUGCAUGGAAAUGGGCUGGCAUAAGCUCAGUCCCACCAAUAUGGCUCCCCCGGGCCGCCGCGAGGACGAGCUGGAGCUCAGGGAGCGCCGGAACAAAGAGCGCACCUGGCUCAUGCUCUUUGUAUACGACCGAAGCUCCCGUCGUCCUUCCAGCGUGAGCUUGCAGCUGGGAAGACCAUCCAUGAUCCAUAUGGACUUUCUGAUUCGCAAUGUCGCCACCUGGCAUCAGCACGACUAUGCCAUUCCCGGAAUCGAUGAAGUCAUGGUUGCAUUCGUGCAGCUGAGAGUCCUGGGUUUCGAUUUGCUGGAUCUUUUCUGGCUGCACCCUGUUGCCACUACUCCGCAGGCACUCGAUAAAGAUGAGUUUAUCCUCAAGACCUUCAAUACCGAGCUGGAUAGCUGGCAAGCAAAAUGGUACCGCAUACUAGAUACAGCCGACUACUCUGCCAGCCAUCAGUUUCUCAUCCGUUUCUAUGGGCACCACCUACGUCUUCUCAUUCACUCGUUUCGCCUCCAGCUCUCCACCCUGAAUGGAAAUGUAUCCAACCAGGCCCUGUGGAUCUGCUAUUCAAACGCCCUGGAGAUGUUCCGCCUGGUUGUGCAGAGACUCGGAGCCACUAACCACCUCUACUACUGCCAGGACUCGGUCCAUGUCAUGGUCGCCUAUGCGGCCGUGGUUACCAUCAAGGUAUCUUCCUCACAAAGCGCCCCCCAUUGCCGCCCGUCGUUGCUUACAUCCACCCCCCCCCAGAUCCUUCUUUCAAUGCCUGGCAUGCUUUCAGCCGACUGCGAGACCGCCAUCCUUGAUGUCAUGCAACAGGCAAGCGAUUAUUUUGGCAACCAGUGCUCUGCGAACAACACCAGCUGCUUCUACCAAAGCCGAUUCCUGGCCAACGUCGUGGCACAGUAUCGAAAAUCCAAAGCCAAACCCAAGCCUGACAUCCCGACGAAACAGCAUAACGGCCAGCUGCCGGCCGGCGUCAGGUCCCUGGCGCUUGGAAACCCAGGCCCGUUCCAGCCUCCGCGGCGACACCAUCAUCAUCACCCCCACCACCCAGCGUCAGCCCAUCCUCCCGCACGAGGCUCGUCAUCCUGCACGCCCGACGACGUCUAUUCUUCCUCCACCACCUCCCCCGGCCUCCCCAUGCCAUUCUCCCCAUCCAGCGACACCCUCCCCCAGCAACCGCACCCGGCCAGUGCCGACCAGCUCCGGUCCACCCUCGCGUCAGCUACCAGCUAUAUGCACCCGAGCCUGAAUACCAGCUCCCCCAGCCCCUUCGUCGUCGCCGGCCAUUCUUCAACGCCCACAGCCAAGUCCGAGCUCCUUCAGCCGCUCGGCCCGAUCGGCUCCGUGUUCAGCAGCGGCGACGGCGGCGUCGGCAACCCCUGUGCAUUUGCGUCGUUCACAGACAGCGGCGCGUGGGAGAAUCUGUUUGCUCAUGCGGGAUUCAACAUUAACAGCGGCGCCUUUAUAACUCCCAACCUGGAGGAGCAGCAGUAA